AAGAGAAACCGAUCCAUUCACUAUCAGUUUAGCUUGUCAAGAGAGUUAAGUUUAAUUAGCAACAGCAAUUGAUCACACAAAUGAGUUGUCCCGCUUCGCCAUACGAUCGAGCACAAGAGGGUGAACAAUUGGACGAUGAGUGCGGCAUGCUCUAUGGAGAAUACCUGAUGUUAGACAAGGUUUUAGAGGCUCAAAGGCCUCUGGGCGAGGUUCACAAAGCCCCCGUGCACGAUGAACAUUUAUUUAUAGUUACACAUCAAGCUUACGAAUUGUGGUUCAAGCAAAUCAUAUGGGAACUGGACUCGGUCCGGGGCGUUUUCAAAUCGGUUUUAGAAGAAUCCCAAACCCUGGAGAUUUUGAAGAGGCUAAACAGGGUGGUGUUGAUACUGAAGGUCCUUGUAGAUCAAGUAAUGAUACUGGAAACGAUGACGCCUCUGGACUUCAUGGAGUUCAGGAACUACCUGAGACCGGCGUCGGGUUUUCAAAGCCUACAAUUCCGAUUGCUCGAGAACAAAUUGGGCGUUAAGCAAGACAACAGGGUCAAGUACAACAGGAAUUACGCCAAGGUUUUCGGCAACGACGAAGAAGCUAUUAGGAAAAUAGAGGAAUCCGAGGCGGAACCGUCCCUGAAAGACCUGGUCCAAAACUGGCUGGAGAGAACUCCCGGCUUGGAAAUCGAGGGAUUCGAUUUCUGGGGAAAAUACCACAAAGCCGUCAAUGAGAUAUUAAAAGAAGAACAAGAAAAAGUAAACAAAGAGAAAAACGAGUCCCUCAAGCGCCACAAACUGGCCGAACUCGAGCACCGCAAGGAAGUCUACGAGUCCAUCUUCAGGCCCGAAGUGCACGAGGCUCUGGUCUCCAGAGGCGACAGGAGAUUCUCCCACAGAGCCCUCCAAGGCGCCAUCAUGAUCACCCUCUACAGGGACGAGCCGAGGUUCAGUCAACCUCACCAAAUCCUCACCUUGCUGAUGGACAUCGAUUCGUUGAUCACCAAAUGGAGAUAUAACCACAUGCUUAUGGUACAACGAAUGAUUGGUUCGUCUCAGUUGGGAACCGGCGGGUCUUCGGGCUACCAAUAUUUAAGAUCCACGCUAAGCGAUAGAUACAAGGUGUUCGUGGAUUUGUUCAAUCUAUCGACGUUCCUGAUACCGAGAUCGUACAUUCCGGCCCUGGACGAGGCCACCAAGAGCCACUUGUGCUACUGGGGCCCGUUGAAGCAGACCAAAACCGACGCGUUGAAGGAGCAGAACGGGAAGAAUCCUCUACUGGACUCGAUUUGAUCGCAAACGAAAAUAAAAAUGCGUAGUUGUAAAACUCUAACGAACGUUACAUUUACUUAUGCUCAUUAAAACAAAUUUGUUAUGUAUGUAUCGUGUAUUUGUACUUUAUCUUCUACAUUGGAUGAAUUGUAUAAAUCUUCAACAAGUGUGCUGUCCAAUCAUAACGUAGUAGUCCAGCUUGAUGGAGGAUAUCCUCGAGUAAACCUGGUUGCCCUGCUCGUUUUCCGUCCUGAAAGCAACAACGUUUUGUCCAACUUGUCUGCUGGCCAGCACGAUGACGUUCCCGAAGGGGUAGUACUUGACAACGUCGUAGGAAUUAGUGGUGGUGGAGCUGCACAAGGUGUCGUAGCAAGUCGUGUAAUCGACUCCC